CCUAACCCCUCGGUGGCAGCUCCGUCUGCCCUGUUUGCUCGGGGACUGCUGGUUAAUGAGAAGCCGGCGGGGAGGUGCCACGGGCACAUAAAGCCCCAGCGCGGCGCGGCGCGGAGGCUCCAGCCGCUUCCCUCUGUCUGCCUGAGAGAGCAGCCUCUGGAUCCCGCGCCAGCCAUGUCCCAGCUGGUGGAGUGUGUCCCCAACUUUUCGGAGGGGAACAACCAGGAGGUCAUCGACGCCAUCUCCCAGGCCAUCUCGCAGACCCCGGGCUGCGUGCUGCUGGACGUGGACGCAGGCCCCUCCACCAACCGCACCGUCUACACCUUCGUGGGGCGGCCGGACUGCGUGGUGGAGGGGGCCCUCAGUGCCGCCCGGGUGGCCUCGCGGCUCAUCGACAUGAGCCGGCACCGAGGGGAGCACCCGCGCAUGGGGGCCCUGGACGUCUGCCCCUUCAUCCCGGUGCGGGGCGUCGGCAUGGACGAGUGCGUGCUCUGCGCGGAGGCCUUUGGCCAGCGGCUGGCAGAGGAGCUGCACGUGCCAGUGUUCCUGUACGGAGAGGCGGCGCGGACGGCCAGCCGCAGGAGCCUGCCUGCCAUCCGGGCAGGGGAGUAUGAGGCCCUCCCCGAGAAGCUCAAGCAGGCCGAGUGGGCGCCUGACUUUGGCCCCAGCUCCUUUGUCCCCAGCUGGGGGGCAACCGCCACGGGGGCACGGAAGUUCCUCAUCGCAUUCAACGUCAACUUGCUGAGCACCAAGGAGCAGGCCCACCGCAUCGCCCUCAACCUGCGGGAGCAGGGCCGUGGGCAGGACCAGCCGGGACGUCUGAAAAAGCUUCAGGCCAUCGGCUGGUACCUGGAUGAGAAGAACCUGGCUCAGGUGUCCACGAACCUCCUGGACUUUGAGGUCACGGCGCUGCAC